GGGUUGCUGCAGCCUAUGAGAGAGUGGGCGGGGCUGGUGGCUGAUCCCAUGCGAUGAGUUAGGCGCUGACCCCGAAAUACUGUCCCUGGAGGGGGAGUAUAUAGAGGAACACAGGGGUCUGUACAAGGACGUGAUGAUGGAGAAUAACCGGCCCCUCACAUUACUGGGUGGACCCAGUAACAGAGAUACCCCAGAGAGAUGUCCCCGUCCUCUGUAUUCCCAGGAUUGUACAGAGGAGAAUCACAGGAUCCCACAGGAGGAUCAGGUACAACGUCUGUCUGAUAUUAAAACAGAAGAUAUAGAGGGAGAAGAGACGUAUCUAACUGUUAUAAAGGCAGAAGAUACAGAGGAAGAAGAAGAGACGUAUGUGAGGGGUGAUCAGCAGUGUAAGGAGGAGGAAAUUCCUACAGUUAUCAGCACAGCAGAUGGUCACACAAGCAGGAAUAUCUCAGAAGGACAUCUAAUGUUAUCCCCGGAUUGUGACAUAAAAGAUAAUGACAGUAGACAGGAUUCUCCAGGAGAUAACCCCAUUACCCCAAUUAUACAUCCAGCUCUAUCAGCUGAUCCCUCUGAUCCUGGGAAAUGUUCUCCUGAUCACUCUGAUAUUGGGGCAUCUGUUACAGCUCUGACAGUAGAUACAGUGUUUCCCUGUUCUAUAGAUGCCAAAUGUUUUACACAGAACACAAAGCCUAUUAACCCACACACAGGUAAGGCAGGUGAGAGGCCAUUUCUAUGUUCUGAGUGUGGGAAAUGUAUAAGUAAAUCACAUCUUGUUCUACAUCAAACAAGUCACACAGGUGAGAAGCCAUUUCCAUGUUCUGAGUGUGGGAAAUGUUGUGUAAGUAAAUCACAACUUGUUACACAUCUGCGCAGUCACACAGGUGAGAAGCCUUUUCCAUGUUCUGAGUGUGGGAAAUGUUUUACACAGAAAUCAGCUCUUGUUAGACAUAACAGAAGUCACACAGGUGAGAAGCAAUUUCCAUGUUCUGAGUGUGGGAAAUGUUGUGUAAGUAAAUCACAUCUUGUUAUACAUCACAGAAGUCACACAGGUGAGAAGCCAUUUCCAUGUUCUGAGUGUGGGAAAUGUUGUGUAAGUAAAUCACAACUUGUUACACAUCUGCGCAGUCACACAGGUGAGAAGCCUUUUCCAUGUUCUCAGUGUGGGAAAUGUUUUGCACAGAAAUCAGAUCUUGUUAAACAUCAGAGAAGUCACACAGGUGAGAAGCCAUUUUCUUGCUCUGAGUGCGGGAAAUGUUUUACACAAAAAUCACAACUUAUUACCCAUCAGCAAAGUCACACAGGUGAGAAGGCAUUCCCAUGUUCUGAGUGUGGGAAAUGUUUUACACAGAAAUCAGCUCUUGUUAGACAUAACAGAAGUCACACAGGUGAGAAGCCAUUUCCAUGUUCUGAGUGUGGGAAUGUUGUGUAAGUAAAUCACAUCUUGUUAUACAUCACAGAAGUCAUACAGGUGAGAAGCCAUUUCCAUGUUCUGAGUGUGGGAAAUGUUGUGUAAGUAAAUCACAACUUGUUACACAUCUGCGCAGUCACACAGGUGAGAAGCCUUUUCCAUGUUCUGAGUGUGGGAAAUGUUUUGCACAGAAAUCAGAUCUCGUUAUACAUCACAGAAGUCACACAGGUGAGAAGCCAUUUUCUUGCUCUGAGUGCGGGAAAUGUUUUACACAAAAAUCACAACUUGUUACCCAUCAGCAAAGUCACACAGGUGAGAAGGCAUUCCCAUGUUCUGAGUGUGGGAAAUGUUUUGCGCACAAAUCAGUUCUUGUUAGACAUCAGCAAAGUCACACAGAAGCCAUUUCUAUACUCUGAGAAAUAAAUCUGCUCUUGUUGCACACAAUAGACAUCACUCAGGUGAGGAACUAUUUUAUUUUGGAGUAUACUCAUCAUUGCCAUGCGUUGUUCUUUAAGGUUCUUAUCCUAUCUCCUAUGCUUUUUGCAAUAAGGUGGUAACAGCCUUAUUGGGGAGACAGGGUGGGUGGCAGUAGUGGGUGUGACUGGUUGUGGCAGUAGUGGGUGUGACCGGUUGUGGCAGUAGUGGGAGGAGAUGGGACAGGUGGCAGUAGUGAGGAGACAGGGCGGGUGACAGUAAU